UCUUCCAUUAAAUUACUUCCCCCUUUCCUCGUCUCCAUCUUAAAGCUAGUAACCUUCUUUCUUUUCCCCCAGCCAAUCUGAUAGGUAGUUCAGGAAAAAUAAAACAAAAAUUAUUUGCAAAAACAAAACCAUAAACAUAAUGGGAGUUCCUAAUCGGCCGGAGAAUCUGUCAACCACCCGGACAAAGGUGAUCAAAGAGCUGGUUGAGGGGCAGGAUUAUGCAACCCAGCUUAAGAGCCUCCUCCACAGACCCACUGAAGAUCUUGAGUCUCUCUCGGCUGAGGAGCUUGUCUCGAAAAUUUUAAGAUCUUUCUCCGAGACUCUUUCAGUACUGAGUGCUUGUGAGCCGGGCGAGCUUAGUCAGAGUCAGGCGGUUUCCCAUGCUGAUUCACAUUGCGAUGUCCGAAGGUCUGAAGAUUCUGGCGAGAGUAGAAAGAGGUCUGAGGAUUCUGGCGAGAGUAGAAAGAGGCUGGCUGCCAAAGAUCGGAGAGGUUGCUACAAGAGAAGCAGGAAGACUUCUUACACAUGGGCAAUAGUCUCUCACACAACAGAUGAUGGUCACGCAUGGAGGAAGUAUGGCCAAAAGGAGAUCCUCAACGCUAAAUACCCAAGGAGCUACUUCAGAUGUACACGCAAGUACGACCAGGGUUGCCGAGCAACCAAGCAGAUCCAGAGAAUGGAGGACGAUCCACAAAUGUUCCAGACAACAUACAUUGGCCAUCACACGUGCAGAGAUAUACUAAAAGCACCACAAAUCAUCACAGACUCUGACCCUUGGGGAACUUUCUUGGUCAAUUCCGACACGAUGAUGAUGAAUAUCCCUGCAGGUAAACAAGAUCGCGCCCUCAACUCCUCGACCACAACUAUAAAACAGGAAUCUUUAGAGUCACCGAGUGACCUGACCGAUAGCAUUUCCUCGUUGGGUACUAAUUUGUGGUCGGAAUUGAAGACUUUCGAAUUGUUGGAGCCUGCGAUCCUGUCUCCGAAGAUGGGGUCCGAUAACGGAGAUGCGGUAGCUACCAUGUACUCCUGUACGGAUACCUGUUCUCUUAAUUUGGACUUGGAUUUUGAGGGUGAUUUCGAUUUUGAUGGUGGUGAGUUCCUAUAGCUAGCUAAAAAGCGUUAAUUGCAAAAGUUUAAUAAAGACCAUUUUUCCGUGUA